CCGAGAUGACAGUGAAUGCAGCACUUGUGCCUUCGUCACUUCCUGAACAACAUCUUCCUGUUAGAAAUGGCGGCGACCUUGUGUGUGAAAUUACUACCGAAACAGGGAUGGCUUCCCCUGACACAGAGUGUUCGGCACGGCUCCAAAGCCGUGACACGCCACAUGCGACCAAUGCACUUCCUCAAACAGAAGCUCAUGGCUGUCACACAGUACGUUCCUCCCAAACGGGUCAUUCCUCGAGGAGCCUAUCCAUCCAAGAGCAAACACAUGCAGGAGGAUAGUCCGUUCAUGUUAAUGAUGAAGAGGAAUGUGAAAGCCGUGUUCCAGGAGUCUAAGAUGAUCGCUGUGGUCCAGAACAACGGCAGUAACUCUGAGGACAUGAUGAUUCUCAGACACAGACUUCAUAAACAUGGCAUCACUGUCAAGUUCUUCCCCAACCAGGUGAUGCGGUCCUUCCUAAAAGACAGUGUUUACUCCAACAUGGCUCCUCUGUUCCUCUGUCCCACAGUUCUGUUUGUGAGUAAAGAGACAAAAGUGAAGGAGAUGCUGGUGACUCUGAGGGGCAGCCCACAGAUGACACUCCUGGGAGCCUGUAUAGACAACACGUUGCUGAGUGCACAGGGGGUGGUGAACUACUCCAAACUAUCCUCAAUGACCGUCGUCCAGGGCGAACUGGUCGGCGGGUUGACAAUGCUGACCUCCCAAACAGCCUCCAUGCUGCACCGCCAGCCAGCCCACCUGUCCGCCCUCCUGCAGCAGUAUGUCAAACAGCAGAGCUCGGAGAGCGGCGCAGAGGAAGCGUCUAAAGCAGAGGAGGCCUCGUAGAGCUGCGGAGGGAAUGACUGGGACCUUCACCUUGCAGAUUUCCAGCUGCUUGGAAUUACGAGGGACGGAUGGGUUGGAUGCAUAUUUAGAAUUUGUUGUAAAUCAGCACCAAAGUUCCACUUCAAACUUUUAAGAUUCGUCCUAAAAAAAAGUUGGUGGCCACGAUCUUAAAGUUUGACUGGAGCUAAAUUCAACUCAGUCAUUCAAUGUGCAUCCACCUGUGGGAGCAGUGAGGCUGCUGUGAACGAAGGAGUCUGCAGACUUGACUGAUUUUAGUGCAUCUCGACCUGUCAGUGGAAGUCUUGGAUGGACAGUGCUGCGAAAAUGUCAGUGUCACCCAAGCAAUACAUUUAUUUAAGGAUAUAGUCACACAUGAAUAAAAUAUUUCAAUACAG